UGUCAAUUAGUACUAUUUCAGUACGGGAAGCAAAAACAACCUUCCUCGAAUCUCGAAGUGUUUCGUUAUAAAUUCGUAUUUAACGUACAUAUUGUGAAAGACAUACCUGGAAAACCGGGUUUAGUGAUAAUGUGUAACACACGAAAGAGCAUUAUCUUUAUAUGGCUGUUAUGUGUCCAGUCGAUGAUAAUGGCACAACACGCCGAGGACAGCUGUUAUCUGUCAACCAGCUUAAUUGAAGAGAUAGACUCUUAUGCGCCGACCGUGCAGAGAAUAAUCGAUGAAUGUACUCAAGGCUCUUUCAAAGGAGCUACAUGGCAAGAUUUGGCGAUGUUUGUUGACAAAUUUGGCCCACGGUUUACCGGUACCCAAGUUCUUGAAGACUCUAUUGAUUACGUAUUGAACAAAUCGAUCGCUUUAGGUUUAGAUAAUGUUCAUGGUGAAACGGCCACCGUACCUCGUUGGGUCAGAGGCUCGGAAUCUGCGACUCUUUUGCAACCACGGCUGAAAAAUCUGGCGUUAUUAGGGCUGGGUUACAGUGUCGGCACUUCAGAAGAAGGCAUAACUGCCAACGCUAUCGUAGUAAAUAGCUUCGCAGAACUUAAGAAAAGGGCGGAAGAGGUUCCCGGGAAAAUCGUCGUGUACAAUCAAAAGUUUGUCUCGUAUGGAGAGACCGUAGAAUAUAGAAGCUCGGGAGCCGUAAGAGCGGCAGAAUUGGGAGCUGUGGCUGCUUUGAUCAGAUCAGUAACCCCAUUUUCAUUGUACACCCCGCACACCGGUAUGAUGAGUUACGCAGAGAACGUUACUAAAAUCCCAGCUGCUUGUAUAACUGUCGAGGACGCGACUCUUUUGGGUAGAAUGGCUGACCGAGGUGAAACGAUAGUGAUAAACUUGAAAAUGGAAGCGAAAACAUAUCCCGAUACACAGUCGCGAAACGUUAUAGCGGAUAUCACCGGCUCUAGCGCGCCCGAAAAGGCAGUCGUCGUUUCUGGACACAUAGACAGUUGGGAUGUUGGAGAAGGCGCGCUGGAUGACGGAGGUGGCAUUUUCAUAUCCUGGACCGCAUUGAAAGUGCUGAAACAUCUCGGCCUCCGGCCGCGAAGAACGAUAAGAAUGAUAAUGUGGACCGCCGAGGAACUUGGCCUUCUCGGAGCGGAGCAGUACAUACGAAAUCACACUGCAGAAAAUGGAAACAUGCAAUUCGUGAUGGAAUCCGAUUUCGGCACUUUCGCGCCCAUGGGCCUCGAGUUCUCAGGAGACGAGAAGGUCCAGUGUAUACUCCAGAGAAUAAUGCGAUUGUUAGCUCCGUUGGGUGACAUGAAGUUGAAGAGCCCAUGCACGGCGCCUGAUAUAUCAUUUUGGAUUAAAGCUGGCGUACCAGGUGGCGGUCUUUUGAAUCGAAAUGAAAAAUAUUUCUAUUAUCAUCAUACGAACGCGGACACCAUGCUGGCGGAAAAUCCGAAAGCACUGGAUAUGAAUACAGCCUUAUUCGCAGCAGUAGCAUUCGUUCUAGCAGAUAUUAGCGUUGAUCUACCUCAACGCAAUUGCACUGACGUGUCAUGUUGAAAUCAGUUGAUCUAUGUAUCGAUGGAUAUGUAAAUCAAAUCGUAUAUUUA